GGUGGAACCGAAAACUCGAAUAAGAGAACAACUUCGAUGAAACGACAGCUGCGAUUAACUGCAGUAGGCUAAUGCAUAGCAUAACAAACACGUGUAUCUUACAGUUAGGUUGUCUUUUUUUCUAAAUAACUUAGGAUAUUAAUAAUUCAUAGGCCAGCGUCGUCCAUUACAUCCUCCAAAACACCGUCCAUUACUAAUACAUCGCUUUAUCUUGGGCGCCAGCCCGAACCGCAGCCCGUUACAGGGAACGUUCCGGGAAGCGUCGUGCUCUGCAUAAGAAAAAAUGCGGGGCAAACAAACGCGCACGCGCGCCUGCUCGCAGCCAAAGGGUUCGCGCGCCUUCCCCGCGAGGCACUGCUUUUCUGUGGUGCAGUGAAAAGACCGGCUUUCGCUUCGUGCUGGUGAAUAAAAACGCUUUAAACUUGCCAGAGAGCGCAGGUGAUCAGCCGGAAUGUGUCGCAGCGCUGCUUUGACAAAAACACCGCCAUACAGUGAAGUAUGAAGCAAGGCGUGAAGGAGGAGUAGGAGGAGGCGGCACCGCGACACUCACACUGAGUUAUCCUGAAGAUGCGCUCAGCCGAGGGCGAAGCUUGACUCGGACCACUUCUGCUAGCGCUUCGUGUUUUCGUAACGUUCCUCAACGGCAACAGCAUGUCGGAGCGCGGGGGGCUCCAGCGGACGGGUCUCCCGUCCCCCCACCUGCAGCACUCCAGGUCGGUCACCAUUUCUUCGAGUCGCCCUGUUCAGAUGAACCUGUUCGCGACGUGGGAGAUCGACCGCUCCUCUCCCAGCUGUGUGCCCAGACUCCUCAGUUUGACUCUUAAGAAGCUUGUGAUGUUGAAGGAACUUGAUCGAGACCUGACAUCAGUAGUUAUUGCUGUUAAACUUCAGGGAUCUAAACGUAUUCUGCGCUCAAAUGAAAUCUUGCUGCCAUCUCCUGGACUCACAGAGACCGAUCUGCAGCUCACUUUCUCCCUGCAGUAUCCUCACUUUUUGAAGAGAGAUGCCAACAGGCUACAAAUCAUGCUCCAGCGAAGGAAGAGGUACAAGAACCGCACAAUCUUGGGUUACAAGACACUAGCACUGGGCCUGAUUAACAUGGCAGAGGUGAUGCAGCACCCUACCGAAGGUGCUCAGGUGCUUGGUUUGCACACUACAGUGAAGGACAUGGCUGUGACUGUAGCUGAGAUCAGGGUCUACUCUUUAUCCAGUCAACCUAUAGACCCAGAAGGGCCAAAGGCCAAACUGUCAGAUCGCUCCCCUGAUAUUGAUAACUACUCUGAGGAGGAGGAAGAGAGCUACUCAUCUGAGCAGGAUGGCAGUGAUGACCCCCUCCAUGGACAGUACCUAUAUGAUGAUGAGGAUGAAGUAAGAAAGAAGAAACCUCGUCAUAAGCUCACCUCUGCUUCCUCCAUUACCAGAGCUAAUCAGCCCAACAUCAAGCAAAAAUUUGUGGCACUACUGAAAAGGUUCAAGGUUUCUGAUGAGGUGGCAUUUGGCCUGGAUCACGUGUCUCAGGAACAGAUCCGUGAUGUGGAGGAGGACCUGGAUGAGCUGUAUGACAGUCUGGAGAUGUAUAACCCCAGCGACAGUGGACCAGACAUGGAAGAGACAGAGAGCAUCCUCAGCACACCCAAGCCCAAACUCCCACCGUUCUUCGAGGGCUUGUCUCAGUCCAGCUCUCAGACGGAGUUUGGCAGUUUGAACAGCAGAUGUAGUCUGGUCAAAGACACACUAAGUCCUCAGCAGGGGGAACACAUUGUAUCUGGAAAAAUACAGCGCUCCAAUAGUGCACACCUGGAUGAUGCCUUCUCUGAGACAGAGACACUGGAGCUGAAUGAGGUGGAGGUUGUGGGGGAGGGAACCCCCAGUAUCACUGUGUCUGUAGCAGAAAGACCGCGGACCCCACAGAGGAGCAGCAGCCAGAAUAUGCCCUCCCCGAGGCUGGAUGGUGGCCACACGCCGAAGCACAAGCGAGGGACUCCCAUGAGAGAAAGGCAGCUGUCCAAACCUCCUAGUGAGCGUACCAACAGCUCAGACAGUGAGCGCUCCCCUGAGCUCAGCCUAACUCCACAGAUGCCGAGGAAGAUAGUGUAUGACCAGCUGAACCAGAUCCUUGUGUCUGACACCACCCUGCCUGACAACCUCAUCCUCAUUAAUGGCAGUGACUGGCAAGGACAGUACGUGACGGAGCUCCUGCAGGCACAGAAGCAGCCGGUGGUGUGUACCUGCUCAGGAUCAGAGAUUCAGGCUGUGCUCUCAGCUCUGCUCACUCGGAUUCAGAAAUUCUGUAACUGUAACUCGGUCAUGCCCAGACCAGUGAAGGUGGUGGCUGUAGGAGGGCAGAGCUAUUUGGGAGCCAUCUUGCGCUUCUUUGUCUCUCAGCUGGCCAACAAGACAUCUGACUGGCUGUGCCACAUGAAGUUUCUGGUGGUUCCACUUGGUUCUCACCCUGUGGCUAAGUACCUGGGCUCCCUGGACAAUCGCUACAGUUCAGUUUUCCUGGACGGUUCAUGGCGGGAAUUCUUCAGUCGGACAGAGCCCCCUCAGCCUGGCUUGUCAUCUGCAGAUGUGGAUGUGGCCAGUCGUAUCUGUCAAUAUAUCAAUGGGGCCUCAGUCACUCACCAGCUGCCUGUCGCUGAGGCCAUGCUGACAUGCAAGCAAAGAGUGCAAGAUGAUGAUUCCUGCCAAAGUUUUGUCCCUUUUGUGGGUGUAGUUAAAGUUGGUUUGAUUGAGCCCAGCUCUGGAUCUACAGGUGGAGACUGUGAAGAGGGAGUGGCUUUAAGUCUAAUAGUUCCCUCAACAUCACCACCUGCUCAUGCACUUUCUACAGGGAUGAUGAAAGAUGCUGUCACUCCACCCCCUUCACCAUCCCUUAGUGGUGGAUUAGCUGUUCUUGGGAGUCCCAGCAUGUCUCAUGGAGUAGAUGCUAUAGGGCUGCAGGUGGAUUACUGGGUGGCUGAAAAGCGCAAAGAUGGUGAGAGGAGGGACACCAAGAACACUCUAAAAUGCGCUUUCAGGUCUCUACAGGUCAGUAGGCUCCCCAACUCAGCCCAAGGAGAGGUCCAGCCCAACUCCUGCACCAUGGCUAUGACUGUGGUCACCAAGGAGAAGAACAAGAAAGUCCCUACUAUCUUUCUGGGGAAGAAGCCAAGGGAGAGAGACAUUGAGUCAAAGAGCCAGGUGAUUGAGGGCAUCACAAGACUCAUCUGCUCUGCUAAACAACAGCAAACAAGCCUACGGGUAUCUGUGGAUGGAAUGGAGUGGAAUGACGUUAAGUUUUUCCAGCUGGCGUCUCAGUGGCCUACUCAUGUGAAGUAUCUCCCAGUGGGUCUGUUUGGCUACAGUAAAAUGGCCCCCUAGUGGUUUCAGCUGUAAAAACAUGAGAGCUGACACAAUAACUGGAAAGUAUGGAGGGCUAGUUUUUUCUUGGUGAAGGUGAGACACCGGUAGAUGAUUACUUGAAGGCUCUGUUGAAGGAAAGAGCAUAUGGGGAUUGCCUUUGUAAUACACAAUCCUUUUGCGCUUAAAGACAGACGUGUGAUAUAGAUUAGACACGUAAUCUUGUGUACCGUUACAUUCUGCUGUGCAGUUAAUAAUGCAAUAAUAUCCAAAUAUUGUAUUUCUGUGGAAUAAUUCAGUUGAUGUACUGUUCACUUGUUCAGUGACUGUGCUGUGCAGUUGUGGUUAUUUUAUAUCAAAAUUUAGUUGAAUAUAAAUAUAUCUACAAUGUACAAUAUAAUUUUGCAAUAUCAUGGAUAUCAUGAACAUCUGAGGCUUAAACCUCUUAAAUAUUUUGUAAAAAUAAAGGCCUACAAAAUAUUUUAUGACAAAGUAGUAUAUAUUGAAAAUAUGCCAAAAAGUAUUUUACUUUCACUGUAAAAGCUGUUUAAUAGAUUGUCUUUUCCUUAUUUUGUGGGCUCACUGAUUGUGGUGGGCGUGUGUGUGCACCCGCAUGUGCGUGUGGAUGAGAUGUUGAAGGUGUACAAUGUACAUUCAUCAUGCGUUCUGUUUGCACGAUUGGUUUUGGCUGCUAUUGACAACAGUUCUUCCAUUCUUCUGUGGUCUAUAUACUAAGUAUUGCUGUUCUUUAUACAGUAAAACUAGCUGUAAUUUCCACUUCUUAGGUGUUUAAGUGUAAUUGUAAAAUGCCAUCAGUCUCUACCUCCCUACCACAUUACAAAGAGUGAUGAUCCAAGAUUGACAGUUCAUGUUGGCUGAAAUCAACACAAUGCCUACAAAAACUCAUUACAUUCCAAGUGUCCUAACAAGUUUUUUUUUUUUCCCCCAGACAAAAAAUGUGUAACAUACCAUUAUUGCCUUCAACGUAUUCAUUAUUGUAUGCAAACUGGUGUUUUUGCAUGCUGAAGUAUUGUAAUAUUCUGGUAUCGCAAUUGAUAUAAAGUUUUUAUUGUCACUUUUAGACAUGUGUUAUGUGCACUGGAGACAAUAAAUGUAUCCUUAUCAUACUUUUGGUGCUACA